ACGUCGAUGGGCGGCCGGUUUCAGCUGGCUGCGUUGCCGGGGAAACGAGACCUCUAUAAAUACUAUCGGUAUCCUUUAUCCGUCUCCUCUAGUUUCCGCACGGCUCCGGGUGAACGAACCUCAGCGGGACUCGACGGCGAGAAGGGGACCCGUAUUUCUUUUUAUCCCAGAAUUUUUUUUUUAUUUGGUCUAAUGGACAAACUCUUUGUAAAUGCUUUUUAAGAAUAAUCACAUUAGGAAAGCACACACUGGCUACUCAGCAGGCCCUGGCCUUGAGUCUUAUUUGAAAGGGUUUAACUUUACUGGUGAGCCCCCUUGGCUGCUCUGCACGUGAUAAAAGCUACACAGCAUUUCAUCACUUUCAUAUCCAAUUCUUUGUGGCCUAUCUAAAGGUUUUCCUGUGACCAUGAACACUCUCACCUCUGCUGAGUUUGAAUUCUCUUUCCUGGAGGAGGGCUUCUCUGCCCGGGACAUAGUUGAGCAGAAGAUCAAUGAGUCAUCCAUGACGGAUGACAGGGAUGCCUUCUAUGUAUGUGACUUGGGGGAUGUGCUAAAGAAGCAUUUGCGAUGGAUGAGGACCAUGCCUCGUGUCACUCCCUUCUAUGCCGUCAAAUGCAAUGACAGCCGGGCUGUGGUUAUGACCUUGGCUUCCCUAGGGGCUGGCUUUGACUGUGCAAGCAAGAUGGAGAUCCAGCUGGUUCAAUCUCUAGGAGUGGAUCCAAGCAGAAUCAUAUAUGCAAAUCCUUGCAAGCAAGUUUCUCAGAUCAAAUAUGCUUCUACCCACGGUGUCCGAAUGAUGACCUUUGAUAGCGAAGUGGAACUCAUGAAAGUUGCCCGCUGUCAUGACAAUGCCAAGUUGGUGCUCCGAAUUGCCACAGAUGAUUCAAAGGCGAUAUGCCGUCUGAGUGUGAAGUUUGGGGCCCCCCUCAAGGCGUGCCGGGGUCUGCUCGAGCGAGCCAAGGAACUGGGGCUAGAUGUGAUUGGAGUCAGUUUCCAUGUAGGCAGUGGCUGCACUGACCCUGAAACCUUCACGCAAGCCAUCUCUGAUGCCCGCUGUGUCUUUGAUAUGGGGGAUGAACUGGGCUUUAACAUGAACUUGUUGGACAUUGGCGGUGGAUACCCUGGUUCAGAUGAUGUCAAACUUAAAUUUGAGGAGAUUGCAGUAGUAAUCAACCUGGCACUGGACAAGUACUUUUCGGCUGACUGCGGUGUGAGGAUCAUUGCUGAGCCAGGUCGCUACUAUGUGGCCUCUGCUUACACACUGGUGGUCAACAUCAUUGCCAAGAAGGUCAUCCUGAAUGAGCAGUCGGCACCUGAUGAGGAAGACGAUGGGACCAAUGACAGGACCCUGAUGUACUAUGUCAACGAUGGAGUUUACGGUUCCUUCAACUGUAUUCUCUAUGACCACGCUCACUGUCUUCCAACUUUACACAAGAAGCCAAAGCCAGAUGAAGUAAUGUACCACUGCAGUAUCUGGGGCCCAACAUGUGACGGCCUCGACCGCAUUGCUGAGCAGUGUAGCUUGCCUGAUCUGCAGGUGGGAGACUGGUUGGUGUUUGAGAAUAUGGGUGCUUACACUGUGGCUGCUUCCUCUACCUUCAAUGGCUUCCAAAGGCCAGAUAUUUACUAUGUCAUGUCCCGCCCUGCCUGGCAACACGUCCAGCAAAUCUGUGCACAGGGCAUGCCUGUCCAUGUGGAGGAGUCUUGCCCGGCUGGUAUCCCAGCUUGCUGUGGCCGAGAAAGUGGCUUGGAGAUCCCUGCUAAGCCUUGCCAGACCCGUGUGGUUUAAGGACAUCAACACAGCACCAUUCUCCAGAUCUAGCAUCCUGUGUCACUAUAUAGUCUAGUUUUGUUUUUGUUUUUUUCUCAAAUGUAUACACGCGAAAGGCCAGUUACUUGACAGGAGAACGAGAUGGACAUGUUAGUGCACAAAAUUCUGUUCUGUAUGGAAGCUGGGGGUAAACCCUCCCCUCACUGAAAUGAGGCUGAAAUACUCUGUCAAUGUGGGUUCAUGGCAGACUGUCACAGGGCAACAUUUUCUUUUUUUUCUGUUCUCAAAACUCUUCAUAGUUUUCUCUCUUUGGACAACUGGAACAUUAGUGUAUGAAGAAUCUCAAGCUGAGCUGGAGCAGUGCAGGGAAUGAACAACUCGCCGCCUUGUUCUGUACCAUAAAUGAGUUCACCAUCAUUUAGUUUUCUCUUCAACCAUGGAACUAGAACAUAUGUAAAUUUUCUUUCAAUUUCCACAAAUUAAGUUAUUUAAGUACUACUAAUUGAUCUUAACUUGCAGCAAAGUAAUAAAUGUUUUAGCCAGAAGUCUCCCUUAAGAAUGGGCUGUAACUAAUCCAAAUUUGCUUCUAAAAGUCCGUAAGUGGGAUUCUGUGUAAUAUAUACCUGCAUUUUUAUGAAGCCCUGUUAUAGCUGAAGCCACAUCCAUAAUUUAUAAUUCACAAAGGCGUUUAGAGGGGUGAUUUAUUUCCUCAGGAAUGGCUGCUACAUGUAUAUAUAUAUCUUUCCCCCUGUGGUCUCCACUUCUGUACAGAACCCCUUAAGAUGAAAUACAGGGACUCAAAAAGCAAACUGUCCCUCUCCUCUUCUCCUUUUCUGUUUUUAUAUAUAUAUAUAUUUAACUGUUAUCCUAAGCAGUAAGCCUAUUUGUGACUUAAAUGAUUAACAAUACAUUUCAAAAUGGAUUUGAAAGAGAGGGGAUUGCACAUUUGUAUUGCUUUCCUAUGGAAACUUUCUUUUUUUAAUUUUGUAUUCUUUUUUUAAUAAAAAAAAUUAGGUGCGA